UUGAUCGCCGGCGGCGCGAUCUCGGCGCCGCCCGUGGCGGCGCCGGUCGCCGAUGCCGCGCGCCUCGGUGACCUCGCUGCGGUACGGGCCCUGCUUGCCCAGGGCGAGGACGCCAACGCCGCCCACGGAGACGGCAUGUCGGCCCUCCACUGGGCCGCCGAGCGGGGUGACAAGGAACUCGUCGAAGCGCUGCUGCAGGGCGGCGCCACCGUCGACGCGGCAACCCGCAUCGGGAACUACACGCCGCUGCACGUGGCGAGCGCCGCCGGCCAGGCGGAGGUCGUCGCAUUGCUGCUUCGGGCGGGAACCGAUGCGACGAGCGCCACGAGCACCAGCGGCGCGACGCCGCUGCACCUGGCCGCCAAUUCCGGGAGCGUCGCGGCGAUCACCGCGCUGAUCGACCACGGGGCCGCAGUGGACGCGCGGGAGAAGACGUGGGGACAGACGCCGCUGGUCUUCGCGGCGGCGCGCAACCGCGUGGAUGCGAUCCGUACGCUGCUGGAGCGCGGGGCGGACCCGGCGGCCACUUCAAAGAAGGUGGACCUGUUGGCCGAUUACAAGUUGGCCGAGGCGGCCAAGAAGCGGCAACGGGCCGUGCUGGAAGUAUUCGCCGCGGGGGACGCCGAGCCUAGUUCCAGCCAGGUGCAGGCCGCAGUGCUCGCCGCCCGGCAGUCCUACCUUUCCGGGGAACUCCCCGAGGACGACGCGAAGGAGGACGACCCGUUUGCCCGGUUCCGCCGGCCGCAACUGGAGGCCAAGGGCGGCAUGACGGCUCUCCUGCACGCGGCUCGGCAGGGGUACCACGACGCCGCGACGGCGCUCCUCGACGGCGACGCCGACAUCAAUCAGGUCUCGGAAGGGGACGGCACCAGCCCGCUGCUGAUGGCCACGAUCAAUGGGCAGUUCGAUCUGGCGCUCCAGCUCCUCGAGCGCGGCGCCGAUCCCAAUAUCGCGGACCACACGAAUGGGGUGACCCCGCUAUGGGCCGCCGUCAACGCCGAGUGGCAGCCUCGCACCCGGUUUCCGCAACCGCAGGAACACGGUUUCCAGAAGGCGAACUAUCUGGACGUGAUGCGAGCGCUACUCGAUGCCGGCGCGGAUCCGAAUGUCCGGAUCACGAAGCAUCCCUGGUACAUGGUCUAUAGCGGCUGCGGCAACGCCAACUGCGGGCUCGUGAACACCGCGGGCGCGACCGCGUUCUGGCGGGCCGCCUAUGCGACCGACGUGCCGGCGAUGCGCCUGCUCGCGGAACACGGCGCCGAUCCGAACAUCCCUACCACGGCGCCGGAGCCGCGUCGGAGGCGGGGCGGUACGACGGCCGUAAACGACGAAAAAAAGGGUUCGCUCUCGGCCCUGCCCGCCGCGCCCGGCCUGUGGAUCCCGACCGACUUGACCUCCAUGGGACCCGACCCGUCCGGCCUGCCGCCGUACAAGGCCGGGGAUCCGGGGGUUUAUCCGAUCCACGCCGCCUCGGGGGUUGGCUACGGCGAGGGCUUCGCGGGGAAUGCGCAUCGUCACGUAAAGGACGCCUGGCUGGCGUCAGUCCAGUACCUGGUCGAACUGGGCGCCGACAUCAAACAGCGGGACUUCAAGGGCUACAACGCUCUCCACCACGCGGCCGCCCGCGGCGACAACGACCUGAUCCUCUAUCUGGUCGAGAACGGAGGAGAUGUCACCGCCGUGAGCCGGCUCGGCCAGACGACGGCUGACAUGGCGAAUGGUCCGGUACAGCGGGUCUCGCCGAUUCCCGCAACCGUGGCGCUACUGGAGAGCCUGGGCUCGAAGAACAACCACAACUGCGUCUCUUGCUAA